AAUUUCUCCACAACCAACCUCGCUCUUGUUCAGUAGUCUACUAUUUGUGGGCCUACACAUUCCUAUCCGAAAACAUGACAAUGACUAUUCACCCUUUCGAUCCUCUCCAGCCCGAGGAGAUAGCCCGGGCCGCUGGAAUUGUGCGCCCGGUGUUCUCUGGAAGUGGCCUUAACUUCCGGGUCAUCACCCUCCAAGAGCCACCCAAAAAUGUCAUGAUUACGUUCCUUGAGAAUGAACACCGCAAGCAGCCAGAACUUCAAGCACCCACCCGAUGUGCGCGCAUCGAGGUUAUCGCCAAGGCCCAAAACGGCAAGCCGGAGCUGUUCGAGCUUCGUGUCAACCUUGAUGACAAUGAGAUCACCUUCAAACAACGGCUCGAGGGCAAGCACUCUUAUAUAGACUCGUCCUAUAUGAAAGAGGUAGAGGCGGCUUGCUUGGCUGAUAAGCGAGUGCAAGAGGAGAUUCGCAAGUUGAAACUCCCUGAAGGGUCAACCGCCAUCGUCGAGCCUUGGGCAUAUGCCACGGAUGGAAUGAACGACAUGUCCGAGCGUAUCACUAUGUGCUGGUUUUACUGCCGUCAUCUCGAACACCCUGACGCCAACUAUUAUGCGUACCCACUCGACGUCUGCGCCGAGGUAUCGGAGAAACUCCAGGUCAUUCGGGUUUACCGCCUCCCCGGGGCACCGGAUGAGCGAAUUAAUAAUGACGACCGUCCUUACGAUCGCCGUAAGAUCCACGCAACUUCAGCCAGCGAGUAUCACCCGGAUCUCAGGCCAAGCCCACGGACGACGACGAAGCCGUACCAGGUGGUGCAACCGGAGGGUCCAUCCUUCAAGAUCCAGGGUAACCGGUUAAGCUGGGAGAAGUGGAACUUCCGUGUUGGAUUCAACUAUCGCGAGGGCAUUACACUCCAUGAUAUGUGCUAUGAUGGGCGGAGCCUCUUCUAUCGCCUCUCUCUUGCCGAGAUGUUCGUACCAUAUGGCGACCCUCGCGCCCCAUACCCACGCAAGGCUGCCUUUGAUCUCGGCAACGAUGGUGCUGGACUCAAUGCCAAUAAUCUCAAGCUCGGGUGUGACUGCCUAGGAACGAUUAAAUACUUCGAUGCGUGGCACAAUACCCAGUCCGGAGAGCCACUAAAACUCCCCAACGUCAUCUGCUGCCAUGAGCAAGACGACGGUAUCCUCUGGAAACAUACCAACUUCCGUACCGGGAACGCGGUGGUUACCCGAUCCCGUAUCCUCGUACUCCAGACCAUCAUCACGGUUAGCAACUACGAAUACAUCUUUGCCUUCCACUUUACUCAAGACGCAUCAAUCUUCUACGAGGUCCGCGCCACAGGCAUCUUGUCUACCGUGCCCCACCAUCUUGGACAAAAGGACAAGCUCCCUUACGGCACGAUCGUUGCACCCGGAGUCAUGGCUCCUUACCAUCAACAUAUGUUCAGCCUCCGUAUCGAUCCCGCCAUCGAUGGUCAUAAAAAUACGUUGUCAAUUGAGGAGUCAAAGCCGAUGCCCCUCGAUGAUCCAACAGUACACAACCCUUUCGGUGUGGGCUAUUAUACCGAGAAUCGUUACGUCGAGGAGGAAGGCGGCUUUGACCUCGACAUCAGCAAGGCCCGUGUGUUCAAGUUCUUGAAUGAAAACAAGAUCAACCCUAUUACCGGAACGCCUGUUGGGUUCAAGUUGAUUCCCCAGCCGAGCCAGAUGCUACUAUCGCAUCCAGGUUCAUAUCACGCAAAGCGGUCCGAAUUCGGCCAGCAUGCUGUCUGGGUCACCCGGUAUGAAGACGAUGACCAUUUCCCUUCAGGUCGGCAUACUAUGCAAUCCUCGGGUGGCGACGGUAUCGCGUCUGCGAUACAGAAGAGGAAGCAGAGUGCUACAGGUACUUCUCAAUCGGUACGAAACGCAGAUAUUGUCGUCUGGCAUACGUUUGGUUCAACCCACAACCCUCGGAUCGAGGACUGGCCGGUCAUGCCAAUUGAGAAGAUGAUUGUUGGCCUCAAGCCAAUCAACUUCUUUACGGGCAAUCCAGCUUUAGAUGUGGCUGUGUCCACGCAAGAAAGGAACAAGAGUGUCUUGUAUGAUGAGAACGCGGAGUCCAACCCAGAGGUAUGCUGUGGUUCCCGUCUAUAGAAAGAUUCUGGUAAAUUAGAAAUUGGGGUAGAUUAAAUUCCUGAAUUGACUCUCUUUGAC